AUGGCCUACAGCACAACAUGUCAAAAUACCUUUUAUUUUAUCAUUGCAAAUAUAAACAGAUUUGGCAGGGUUCCAUUGGUGCAUCUGAGCGCAGAAAAGUCGGGUCAUUACGUAAACGACGUCGUAGAGCACGUCUUGCUUUCCUGCUCCUGCAGGCUUAUAUUCCUGCUGCUGUCGCCUUGGCCGCCGCCGCCGCUGGGGCGGCACCAGAUUAUAUUCGAUGAGAGGAAAAGAGAAAACGCGUUCCCUUCCGCAGAACUAAUGCUCUGGAAGGACAAGGCCCACAUCAAAUUGAUUAGUGGGGUGUCGGGCGCAGAUAAGGGUGCGUUUACGGCCUCUGUCUCACAAAAAGGCAAGUCCAUAAACCUUUUAAACCCGAGUCAGAUACAAAGCCUGAUUAAUCCGAGCUCGAACGAAAAUACGAGCCAGGAAAAUAUAGGAUUAAAAGGCAGUGAAAAAUCGAUGUUUGCAUUCAUCAUCAUCCUGUUUUUGUUGUCGUCACGCUCAAUGGUGUCAACUGGAGACCACAACUUCGCUUUUGGAGGAUCAGGCGAUGUCAAAUUACACACAUCCAGUGGAUUACUGGACCUUUUUAUAGGCUCGGGAGGAGCUUCAUCUUUUAUAAUCACAGGACUUGAUGGUGCCACGUUCACCACCUCUUGGUCGCUGUUGAACAAGUCUGGAGUUACAGCUGGCUGUUGCAAGUGGAUAGCUGGCGGUAAUGUGGGGCUAGGACUUGGUGUUGGACAAGAUUCUCUUAAUUUAACAGACAUUGGUAACAAAAAGAUUUUUUUGGAAUACAUCGUUUCAGCAAACUGGUAUGAAGCAUACAGAGCUUGUAAAGUUCUAGGUUUAGAUUUAUUUUCUAUAGAAACUAUAGAAAUUCACGACGCCAUAUCUGCAGCUUUGGUUCAAAAAGGAUUUAACAUUACGAAUCCAAUAUGGACUUCGGGAACUUGUCUGGGUACAGGAGAUGACAGAGAUUUCUAUUGGAUGUCGACUGGAGAACCUAUAGCUACGGAUAUUUGGGGUUUAAACCAAUUCGACAAACCGGAACCAAAUAACCGAUUCGGAAAUGAAGACUGCGUACAGAUGAGAUUUCCUCAAGGUUGGUACCUCAACGACGAACAAUGUCAGGAGGAGUUUUAUUUUCUUUGUGAGAAGUUGCCGUGUAACAGCGGAAAGCCAGCCUCUACCAUUGAUAUAAUAAAAAAUAAUAUUAAUUGA